UCAUCAUCACCUCAUCCACCACCACCACCACCACCACCACCCCUUCAACAUGUCCUCCGAAAAGCGCAUCCGCGCCGCCAAAAUUGCCCGCGACACCAACGAAACCAAAAUCCAACUCUCCCUCAACCUCGACGGCGGCUUCCUCGAAGAACUCGAUUCUUCCUCCUCCACCAACGGCGACAGCAGCAGUAAUAACAAAGCAGGAGACCACGCAACCCAAGCCUCGCACUCCCAAACCAUCUCCGUCAGCACAGGCAUAGGUUUCCUCGACCACAUGCUACACGCGCUCGCCAAACACGCCGGCUGGUCGCUCCGCCUGCACACCAUCGGAGAUUUACACAUCGACGACCACCACACCGCCGAAGACACCUGCAUCGCACUGGGUCAAGCCUUCAAAUCCGCUUUACACACCACCACGGGUCUCGCACGCUUCGGUUCCGCUUACGCGCCGCUCGACGAAGCGCUUUCGCGCGCGGUUGUGGAUUUGAGUAAUCGGCCCUAUGCGGUGAUUGAAUUGGGAACGACGAGAGAGAAGUUGGGAGAUUUGAGUUGUGAAAUGUUGCCGCAUUGUUUGGAGAGUUUUGCUUUGCAUGCGGGGAUUACAAUGCAUGUGGAUUGUUUGAGGGGGAGGAAUGAUCAUCAUCGUGCGGAAUCGGCGUUUAAGGCGUUGGCUGUUGCGUUGAGGUUUGCGACGACGCCUGUCGCUGGGAGGGAGGGGGAGGUGCCGAGUACAAAGGGGGUGUUGUUUUGAGAAGAAGAGAAGAUGAGAUGCGGGUUAUGUUUUACGAGCUUGGGAGCGGAAAAGCAUAUCAAUAGAUGUAGGGAUGGACGAAUGAGCAUCAACCACAAACAACACUUAUGACGACUGCAAUAUAAUGAGC